AUGCCCAAAGACCACUGGGUGGAUUCAUUAACAAGCAUCCUUAGAAACGGAACGGUGAAACAUGAAAGCACUCCGCUGCUGGUGAGGAGAAGCAGUGACCCAGCACCAGGGCCUCAUGCCGAUGCCCAGCCAAGCGCCGCAAGCCCGAGUACCCUGAGCUUGAAACCUGUUGUUCCGGACCCCACCCUGAACUUGGAAAGCAGAGACGCUGUGAAUGGUGAAGAGACAAGGCUACCAACGCCGUACAAAAUGAAAAACCCACUGAGUGAUAUGACAAGAACGGUGGAGAUUUCUGGGGAAGGAGACCCCCUGGGAAUACAUGUGGUGCCCUUCAUUUCAUCCCUGAGUGGACGGACCCUAGGACUCUUCAUCCGAGGCAUCGAAGAAAACAGCAGGUGCAAGCAGGAGGGACUAUUUCAGGAGAAUGAAUGCAUUGUAAAAAUCAACAAUGUGGAACUCCUGGAUAAAACUUUUGCUCAGGCUCAGGACGUCUUCCGUCAGGCGAUGAAAUCCCCCAGCGUGGUCCUCCAUGUGCUUCUGCCUCAAAACCGCGAACAGUAUGAAAAAUCAGUCAUCGGACCCCUCAACAUCUUUGGCAACAGUGAUGGGGCUUCAAGAACCACGGUCCCACCUCCUGCCCCUGGGAGACCAGGACUAAAGGCGGUAAACCUAACAGGAGCAAACGGCCCUGAAGCGGACGACCCAACGUCCCUGCAGCAAAGCAAGAGCCCCCGAGUUCCAAGACUAGGAAGAAAAGCAUCCUCUCCCUCACUCUCCCCUCUCAUGGGGUUUGGCAGCAAGAAAAAUGCAAAAAAAAUUAAGAUUGACCUAAAGAAAGGCCCUGAAGGACUUGGUUUCACUGUGGUAACCAGAGAUUCUUCCAUACAUGGUCCUGGGCCCAUUUUUGUAAAAAACAUCUUACCAAAGGGAGCAGCAAUAAAAGAUGGCCGCCUACAAUCAGGAGAUAGAAUUUUGGAGGUAAAUGGCAGAGAUAUCACCGGAAGAACUCAGGAAGACCUUGUGGCCAUGCUGAGGAGCACCAAACAGGGAGAGACAGUAUCACUGGUCAUUGCCCGCCAAGAAGGGAGCUUCCUACCCCGAGAGCUGAAAGGAGAACCUGAUUGUUGCGCACUCUCCAUGGAGACAAGUGAGCAGCUGACCUUGGAGAUCCCCCUGAACGACUCUGGCUCUGCUGGCCUUGGGGUUAGCUUGAAAGGGAAUAAAUCUCGAGAAACUGGCACUGACUUGGGGAUUUUUAUCAAAUCUAUCAUCCAUGGAGGUGCUGCUUUCAAGGAUGGCCGACUGCGAAUGAAUGACCAACUGAUUGCUGUUAACGGGGAAGCCCUCCUGGGAAAGUCCAACCACGAAGCCAUGGAAACACUGAGGAGGUCCAUGUCCAUGGAGGGAAACAUCCGGGGCAUGAUCCAGUUGGUGAUUCUGAGGAGGACAGAAAGACCACUGGAGGAGCUCCCGGAAUGCAGGGCCCUUUCCAGACCAUGCUUUGACAACUGUCAAGAAGCUCUGAACACCUCCAGGCGAAAUGAUGGCAGUAUACUAUAUCCGUUUGGCACCUACAGUCCACGAGAUAAAAGGAAAGACCUAUUGCUUCCCAGUGACGGCUGGGCCGAGAGUGAAGUACCGCCGACCCCACCACCGCAUCAUCCUGGUCUGGAAUGGGGCCUUGAAGAUUUCAGCCACAGCUCUGGAGUGGAUUCUACAGUAUAUUUUCCAGAUCAACAUGUCAACUUCAGAUCUGUGACACCCGCCAGGCAGCCUGAAUUAAUUAACCUGAAAGCUUCCAAGAGCAUGGACCUUGUGCCAGAUGAAAGCAAAGUCCAGUCAUUGGCCGAUCGCAGAUCAGACUCCCCAAGCAAAGAUUUUGGUCCAACUUUGGGUCUGAAGAAGUCCAGUUCCUUGGAGAGCCUACAGACUGCUGUGGCCGAAGUUAGGAAGAAUGAUCUUCCCUUCCACAGGCCCAGACCACACAUGGUGCGAGGCCGGGGUUGCAACGAGAGCUUCAGAGCAGCCAUUGACAAAUCUUACGAUGGGCCAGAAGAGGUGGAAGCCGACGGUCUCUCUGAUAAGAGCUCUCACUCUGGCCAUGGAGCUCUGAAUUGUGAGUCUUCCCCUCAGGGAAACCCCGAGCUAGAUGCUGUGGAAAAUAAAGCCAGAAAAGUAAAAAAAACGAAAGAGAAGGAGAAGAAAAAGGGAAAGGGCAAGCUGAAAGUCAAGGAAAAAAAGCAAAAGGAGGAGAGUGAAGACCCAGAGAGAAAAAUGAAGAGGAAGGGAUUCGGUGCCAUGCUGAGAUUUGGAAAGAAGAAAGAUGACAAAAGCGGGAAGGCUGAGCAGAAAGGUACCCAGAAGCCCAGAAACCUAGGAGAAGAAGAGGUGGAAAAAAUGAAAGAAGAAAGAGAAAGGAUUGGAGCAAAACAUCAGGAGCUAAGAGAAAAGCAGGCAAGAGGUCUUGUUGAUUAUGCCACGGUGGCAAUUGGAUCAGUGCAUGAUAUGGAUGAUGAUGAAAUGGACCCCAAUUAUGCCAGGGUGAACCACUUUCGGGAACCGUGCACGUCAGCGAAUGUCUUUAGAUCUCCAUCUCCUCCUCGAGCUGGACCACUUGGCUACCCUCGGGAUGGACGUCCACUGUCUCCAGACAGAGACCACUUAGAGGGUCUCUAUGCCAAGGUCAACAAGCCAUAUCAUCCCCCAGCCCUAGCUGACAGCGGCCGUCCCGUGGCUGGAACCACUGACCGCAUCCAGAAGCUUCGGAAAGAGUAUUACCAGGCUAGGAGAGAAGGUUUCCCUUUCUAUGAAAACGAAGAGGGAAGAACACGGCCGUCUGACCACGACCUCAACUGGGUGUCUGGAAAGGGUCCAGAUGGGAGCUCACACAACCUUCGCUCUGAGGGGAUGGAGCGUCAGUAUGCAUCCUUACCCAGGGGAGGCUCAGCAGAUCCUGCGGACUGCCUGACAGCAGCACCCAGGGGCCGCUACAAUGAAAGAGAGAUUCCGUACUACCCGGGAGCUCAUUUUGUACAUCCCCCAAGAGGAGGCUACCCCCGGCCUCCAGAGCUGAGGGUGGCAGAGCUACGCUAUCCGCAGUACUACCCACCUCCACCAGCCCAUCAGCACAAAGGACCCUUCAGACAAGAUGUUCCGCCUUCACCACCUCAGCACCAGAGAGUUCCAGCCUAUCAGGAGAUGGGCAGAGCAGGGCCCCGAGGGGGCAGCCCUGACCGGUACCCCUACCGUAACCAGGAUCCCAGGCAGAAGAACCCCAUGACUGCAGCAGUAUAGCUAAACAUCCCAGAGAUCUGCCAAGCAAGGAGGAUAGCCAACGCCAUCUUUGCCCUUGCUAUACCCUAAGGCCUUCUCCAGGUUAAAGUGUUCCAUGGUACAGAGUGGCUCUUGUUCCCCGAGGCUGCAACGCUUAACUGCUAAUCAGGGCGGGCACAAGGGUCAGGGAAAGGGGGAUGUGGAUCCAAAAAGGAAGAAGGCUACGGUCAUAAAAGCAAUACUUCCUGAUACUUGAAAGGCUUGAAGAAUUGGUUGAUUCAGUGAGAGUGUCAGUUCACAAUCAGUGCAGAUACACUAUAGUAACCCUGGCUACAAAACCCCCCACCCCAACACUACACACAUAGCAAAGGCAGUAGUACAGGCUUGGAGGUCUCUGCCAGGCCUAGACACACAUUCAGAGACUCAGUCUCAGGCCCAUUCUUGGAGCUGAAAGGGGUACAGAGCGGCAGAGUAGAGAGGCUGCAAUCAUGGACAUCUUCAUAAGCACAAUAUUUUCGCUGACCACAAAGCAGCAGUGAACACAGCCAGUGACCUCUGGGAAACUUUAGACCCAAAGGAAGACUACAUCUCCUUAUUUAUCGUCUAUCUUGGGUUCCUGGUACUACUUGUUUGAUACAAAUGUUUGAUACUUCCUUGCUUUUUGAUAUUAAAGUCAGUAGAAUUUGAAUGCA